AUGAGUGAGCCAGAUAUGAAAAAGUUGCCAAACACUUCAGAGGUUCAUCUUGAUGGCUAUGGUAAAAUAAUUGGCAAGUUAGUGGAAUGUGGAGAGCCUUCUAAUGCUCAAGCCAUGGUAUUUAUGUCUAUACCUUUUGCAAAACCACCUGUUGGAGAGCUGAGGUUUAAGGUAGGAGAUGUUUUUUUGAAAUUUCAAAAAAUUUUAAAAUUUUGGGUUUGUACAAUACGUUGUUGGCUAGGUAGGUAGGGAGGACAUGGUAGAGUAGGGUAAGGUUAGAGUACGGUACAAAUUGUAAAAUACCAAGAAUUUUGCAGAGAAAAUAGCAAUACUUUCAGUUACCGCAACUUCCUGACCAACUACAAGAUAAACCACUGGAAUGUUUCCAAUUUCCUCCUCGAGGCAUCCAGAAAGAUCCCUUUGUUCAGAAAAAGUGGCGCAACGCUGAAAAGACUUCAGAAGACUCGCUCUACCUCAAUGUAUUUGCUCCAUCUUUCAAUGAAACCACCAGUACUAAAAAUCCAGUCAUGGUAUUUGUGCACGGUGGUGCUUUUGUCAGCGAUGGUACCAAGAAAUACGGAAUGCAGGGAAUUUGCGAUGUUCUGGUAGGGUUUUGAUACAUUUUAUAGGGCAAAAGGGGUGGUUUUUUUGUUGAGUAAUAUAUCUUUUGGGGUCGUUUUUUGAGAAAAAAAGUUAAAAAUACGAUCCGUAACUCGUUCAUGGAAGAGUUUUUUAAUUUAACAUUUUAGGUAUAAUGCCUUUUGUAGAGGGGAGGGGGAUUUAAGGAAAAAAAUUUAAAAUUUUAAAAAUUUAUAUUGUUGUAGAUUAUGUAAAAUACGUUUAAUAAACUGUUUCAUGGAAUAGUUUUUUAAUUUAACAUUUUAGGUAUGAUGCCUUUUGUAGAGGGGAGGGGGGAUUUAAGGAAAAAAUUAAAAAUUUUAAAAAUUUAUAUUGUUGUAGAUUAUGUAAAAUACGUUCCGUAACUCGUUCAUGGAAGAAUUUUUUAAUUUAACAUUUUAGGUAUGAAACCUUUUGUAGAAGGGGGGGUUUGGGAAAGAAUGUAAACAUUAAAAAAAUUUUUGUUGACGCAGAUAUUGUAAAAUACGAACUUUAGUUUAUUCAUGGAAAAUUUUUUAAAUUUGACAUUCCAGGUAACACCUCACAAUAUUGUAGUAGUAACAGUUCAAUAUCGGCUAGGAUACCUCGGCUUCUUUUCAACUGGAGAUGGUCGUAUUCCAGACAAUCUUGGGUUAUACGAUCUUAAAAUGUCAUUAGAAUGGGUACAAAAGCAUAUAAGCAGCUUUGGCGGAGAUCCGAAUAAUGUCACCUUGGCUGGUCAGAGUGCUGGAGGGGCGCUAGUCGAGUAUUUAUCGCUGAGUCCACUUACUUGGAGUAGGUUCACAAUUUUUAGCACUUUAUGACUUGUUUCUUAAAAUUAAAUUUUAAAAAAUUUAUUUCUUAGAUUUACUUGGCAAGUACAAGUUUGCUGAUGUAUAAGAUCAACAUGACUAAAAUAUUUAAAAUUAUGGGUUAUGUAUUACUAAUAAUAGUUUUAUAUAAUGAAAAACAUGUUCAUCAUAACAUAGUUUCAAUUUAAAAUUAUUUUUAGAUUUAUUCCAUAAGAUCUUACCCAUGGCUGGUAACGCUCAUUGUUUAUGGGCUACAAACGAAAAGAAUGUGGAAACUUGUCGCAAGAAACUGCGACGGAUAGGAGUCAAACCUACUUUAUCGCCUGAGGUAACUAAUUUUGAGAGUUUACGUUAUUAACUGUCGAAAUUGGCAAAUAUUACAAUAAGGACAAUAUAAUGUGUGGCAAAAAGUUUUAUUAAACGUGAAAACCGUCUUUAAAAGGCAAAAAACCCAAUUUAAUUUCAUUGGAAUUCUGUGCCAAGAUCAGGCAGUUUCGGCGACAAGACUUUUUUUGACAUUCUAAUAAUACUGAGCUUAUCAAUAUAACUAUCUUUUAUUAUACUUUUAAAAAACUUUUUCAGGAAACCGAGAAAGUAAUGUUACAAAUCCCAGCGUUAGACUUUGGGACAAAAAUGAAAUUGACUUCAAGCGGUUAUGGGUUAAAGCCAAGUACUGAGAUAUCACCCAGGAUAUCAGCGCCAUUCUUCUCUAAACCAUUAGAUCAGUUGAGGAAAGAAGCUCCAGUAAAGCCUAUUUUACUGGGUGUGAGUGAACACGAAGGGCUACUUUUUCGUAAGUUUUUGAAUUUUUAAGAUACCUUAGUUUGUGUGGGCAUCAUUUUUUAAAUUUUCGAUAAGUUAAAAAUAAUUUUUAAUGAUUUGUUUGUUUGGUGUAUAUAUCUUAUACUGUUAGGUUGUAUAGUAAAGAUUGAGCUAAUAGUUAAAGGCCUUAAAUUUAAAGUUUUUUUGGCUUGCUAAUCUAGACAUGAAAGGGGUUACGUAGGCUAGGCCAAAGCAAAAUUGAAAAGAACUUGGGGCAAAUAAUCAAACCCGGCCUGUUACACGUUAAACUUAUAAUGAAAUAUGAUGAUAUUAUUUUAGAACUGAUUGCCAGGAAGUUCUCCUCAAUAGAGUUGGUAGAGCAGAUUCUGGCAGAGACGAUACCUGAAUCAGAGCCAGACUUUGCUGCUCGACGACAACUUUUAACUGACUUGUACAUAAGAUUGCAUACUGAAGAGAAGUUGAGCAUACGACAAGUUUGUACUAGGGUAUGUAGACGAAAUUAAUGAUGUAACAUAUUUUACCUUAACUUACCACAUUUUGAUGCAAAAUAAGAUACUUGUAGGUACGGCUGUUUUAUGUCAAAAUUUGCAUAAAACUUGCAUAAAAAGGAUAUAUGAAUUGAAAUAGGAAAGUAAAAGUCAUUGUACACCUACUGCCUGAUUUAUCAUACACCUAUAUAAACUUUCAAAUAUAAACCUACCUUUUCAGCUCUUCACCGACGUAGUAAUGGGAGCAGCGACUCUAAAAUACGCGACAAAUCAAGUAGAUCGAGGGAACAAGGAUGUGUAUCUCUACUGUUUCAAUCACUUUAAUAAAGCUCAAAUUGGCUUGGCUAGACACGUUUUGCCAUUUGAUGGUGCUACUCACUGUAACGAGCUGGUAUACUUGUUUAGAGUGUUUGUGGUCAACAAAUUUACAUUGAGUGAAGAGGAUACGAAGAUGAUUAAGUUGACCACCAAAUACUUUGCCAAUUUCUGUCGGUUUGGGUAGGUUUUUAGUUGUUACGUAUAUGACUAUAGUAGAUUUGUAAGUUGAUACAUAUAUGCUUAUAGUAGGUUUUUUAAAUUUAAUUUUUUUAAAUUUACUUUUCGUAUUUACAUUAGCUGUUACUUACUUUUUAAGCUAUGUUAUGGCAUUCGAAGAUAUAAAGUAUCAUUUUUUAAAUCAUUUUUAAAAAUCAAAAAUUUUUAAUGUUACAGUAACCCGAAUGGAGAUACCACAAAAAUACCAUUGGAAGCCCAUGAGAAUUUACCAUCGUGGGAUCCAUGUACAUCUGAACAUCCAUCACGAUGUAUAUUGUUAAAGACAGAGCCAGAGAUGGCUAGCCAAUUCAUGGAAGGGCGAGCUGAUUUAUGGGUAAAACCUUUGAGUUCAAAACAAAAUGGUCAUUCACAGGAAUAA